AUGUUUUCAGCUUCUCUUCCUACCUUGGUCACGUUGCUGGCCGCCGCCUCGCUUACCCGCGCCUCGCCAUCCAAGACCGUUCCCGAGCUGCCCAAGCGUGCCAACUCUGUCCCUGCCGUAACAGCAUCCGGCAAUGCAUUCUGGGCCGGCAGCACACGCUUCUAUGUCCGCGGUAUAGACUACCAGCCGGGUGGCUCGUCUGAAAUGGCUGACCCCCUCGCCGAUUCGUCUGUCUGCAACCGAGACAUCACAGAGUUCAAGAAGCUGGGCGUCAACACUGUCCGGGUGUACAUCACCGACAACUCCAAGAACCACGACGACUGCAUGAACGCUCUCGCCGAUGCUGGCAUUUACGUCAUUCUCGAUGCCAACAACCCGCUCUACUCCAUCAACCGUGACACACCGGCUCCUUCUUACAACUCUGAGUAUCUCCAGAGUGUGUUCGCUACGGUUGAUGCUUUUGCCAACUACACAAACACGCUCGCUUUCUUUUCCGGCAACGAGGUUAUUAACUCCACCGCCGAAUCCACCCUUUCGGCCCCGUACGUCAAGGCUGUCACCCGUGACAUGCGCCAGUACAUCAAGAACCGCGGCUAUCGCAGCAUCCCCGUCGGCUACUCUGCUGCCGACGUCUCCACCAACCGUUUGCAGCUGGCUGACUACAUGAACUGCGGCACAGACGACGAGCGCAGCGACUUUUUUGCCUUUAACGAUUACUCUUGGUGCAAUACCAACUUUGCCACUUCUGGCUGGGACCAGAAGGUUAAGAACUUCACGGGAUACGGCCUUCCCAUCUUCCUUUCUGAGUACGGCUGCAUAACCAACGGCCGUGACUUCGGCGAAAUUUCCGCCCUGAUGAACUCGGAAAUGACGUCAGUCUACUCUGGUGGCCUCUUGUACGAGUAUGCCCUUGAGGCAAACAAAUUUGGCAUUGCCUCCAUCAGCGGCACCAGCGUCAGCGAGCUUCCCGAGUUCACCAAGUUUGCUAGCGCCCUCAGCAAGAACCCUGCACCGACUGGCGAUGGCGGCUUCACGUCCACGACAAACACCGCUGCCUGCCCCACCAAGGAUACCAACUGGCUCGUCGACAGCACUCUCCUCCCUGCGAUUCCUGCCGGGGCUGAGGCCUACAUGAAGUCCGGUGCUGGUACUGGCCCUGGCCUGACGGGAUCUGGCUCCCAGAACGGUCAGGGUACAAGCACUGGCUAUGCCUCCCCCGGCUCGGGCUCCUCUACAGCUUCUGCUACAAGCAGCAAGAAGAGUGCCGGCUCCACACUGAUCGGCCCCAUGGACAAGAGCCCGCUUAUCGUGUCGGCUGUUGUCUUCUUUUUCUCUCUUUGUGGAGCGCUCAUUCUGUGA